GAACAAUAUAUUUAUAUCUACAAGGCCUUGAUAAACGCCUUAACACUUGAUUGCGAAGCUAUCCCCAUUGAGAGUUUCCAGGAGUAUGUUGACACAACAAAUAACAAUGUAUACAGCAGACAGUUUCAGCAACUGAAGCAAGUGGUAGAAACAGGCAGAAAAGAUGAUUUGGAGACUUACACCUUAAAUGAAAAACAAACAGACAAGAACCGUCAUGGAGCCGAUAUACCAUGUGGUCGAUUUGCCGUGAUGCUGUAUCUGAGUAGAGAAGAUGAAGGAUUGGGAUAUAUCAAUGCUGUUUAUGUUAACAGUUUCAAGAAAAAGGAUUACUUCAUCGUCGCUCAAUCCCCGUUGCCGAACACUGUCUCAGAUUUUAUUUGUAUGUUAUACCAGGAAGACUGUUCAUGUAUUGUUACCAUGGAUGACUUGAAACAACAUGGAAUGGCAGUAGGGCAGUAUCUCCCUGAAGACAAACAAACACUGUCGUUCGGACAUUUCACAGUCUCGUGCUCAAGACUAGAAACAAAACAUCAUUAUACCGCGAAGAAAAUGAAAAUAAGGUUUAAUGGAAAGUUCGCGAGUGGGGAGAAGGUUGCGUACCAUUUCCAGUACUCAAAAUGGAUGGCGAUGGAUGAAACUCCUGUAAAUGCAAAAGAAUUUGUGGAGUUUGUGAACGAUGUUGACGAAUAUGCCAGCCAGCUCGGCGAAGAGAGAUCGCAUGUGCUAGUACAUUGCCUGAAAUCAAACGAGAGAAGUGGACUUUUUUGUGCAGUCGCAAUUUUAAUGGAGAAGAUGAAACUUGAGAGGCAAGUCAGCGUUUUGAAUACGCUAACACAUCUUCGGACUAGAAGACGAUCGGCAAUAACAAGCAUGGAACAGCUCAAAUUCUGCUAUCAGGCAGUCAGUGCAUACAUCAAGUUAAACAAACAGUAGUUUUCAAAACAGCACAGUUAUCAGGACAGUUCAGCACAAAGAUGUAAUUUUGACUUCCAGAAACAAACAACCGACAACA